AUGGACAACUCGUUGAUUAUUUCAUAUGUCAAUGCUCCACUUAUUGGAGUUAGUCAGUGCGAGCACAAAUUUGCAGACACUUGGUCAUGGGUGGAUAAAGAUAGAGCUUUAGAUGCAAAUUCUGAUGUUUCGUAUAAGAUCAUAAAUCCCGAAUUAGAUCCAAAGUUUAGCUUGCAGAAGACUCAGUUUGAUAAAAUGUCUGUAAAUGACGAAGGAUCCUUAGGAUCCCUAAGUUCCUCCUCGACGACAAAUGAUGCACCUAUUUCUCCCGUCUCUUCUGAGUCUUUGUUAGACCAUGAUACUUUCAAGCGCGAUGAAUCGCCUAAAUAUGGCUCGAAGAUGUCAAUACAUCAAGUUAUUCAAGACUCAUUGCUCAAAGGAACUAAGUACCCCAUAGAAAAGCAGUAUGAUGAAACGAUUCCUUUGAGAGUUAUGAAGCUCGCAAGAAUCCCCAGUACUACUACAGUUUGCCCGUUCAACAGAACCUCGAUCAGCGGUUUCCCCCAUAAGCAUUUAAUUGGACAAAUUGACCCCUCAAAUUCACCGUUCAUCCGACAGGCAUCCUAUUCUUCUUGUGGUGGCUUGCUUAACAGCCUCCCUGGAAUCUAUAUAUAUCCUGAUCAGGUCAUUAUGCCUGAGGAACUCAAAGUCCCUCCGAUUACUCAGUGUAACGGUAAUUGUUCUAGCACUGAACUCUCAUCCACGGAAAAGGUUGCUGAGCGUGUCUAUUCAGACAUAACCAAUUCUAAUGUAAAUCUCCAACAUGAAUUUGUGUACCCAAAUUGUGUAAAUGGAAUCCCAUUUACCUCCAAAAAGAGUGAUAAAAUUAAACGAAAAAAACACCCCAAAGCAUCCAAAGCCAAUUUUCUCAAAGAGCCCGAACGUGAUGGAUCACCAGAAUCUGAGUCAGGAGAGCCUGUCACCUACCCACCACCUCAAGGGAAUUAUAUCAACAAUGCUGUCUCUUUUAUGCCUUCCUUAAAUAGUCAUUCUGACGACAUGCCAGCUAACUGUGAUUUUGAUCCCGAUCUCGGAUCAGGAUUCAUGCUAGUGAUGAAUAAAAGGCAGAGAAGAAGGCAGCAUCAAGCUCAGCCACUGGCUGGCAAUGACUUUCACAGGAUCCGCAAUAUAUAUUCGAAUGGAUCAGAUCAGAAUUACAGUAGGAAUUAUCAAAAUUCUCAUUCUGUCACUAAUCAGCGCCUUUGGAACAAAAAUUGUAGCCGGCAUCCUUUCCACUUUGGAGAGGCAGAAGAGAACCCCAGGAGCAGCAUCUUGCCUGACCAAUCGGCGGAUAUCCCAGGUACCCACACCCGUCGAGGUAAUCCCGGGGCUCCGUCGAGGUCUCUGUCUGUUAACCAAACGCGGAGCUACAGACGCACGCCGAUACCCAUGGCUUCAACCACAAGGCACAUGACUGCACUCCGCGACUUCGUUAUGGCCGAAUGGAACCAGCUUACGCUAGAAUUAUGA